UCAAAAAUGGCAUCGACAAAAAAUUUCGUACUACUUUUAGUUUCAUGUGCCACUCUACAGAUAUCAAUUGCUGGAGAUCCAGACAUUCUAUCAGACUUCAUUGUUCCACCAGUUCUAAAGGGCCCUCUGGAUGGAAAUUUUUUCACCUUCACCGGAAUGAGAGCACUUGUAAAUGCACCCUUCCCAACAACAUUUAAGGUCACAAAAGCAGCCAUGGCUGAGUUUCCUGCUCUUAAUGGUCAAAGUGUUUCAUACGCUGUACUCCAGUUCCCUAAUAGCACGGUGAACCCACCCCACACCCAUCCACGGGCUUCAGAGCUGUUGUUUCUUCUCAUGGGCUCUUUAGAAGUUGGAUUUGUUGACACAACUAACAAGUUGUUUACUCAGACACUACAACAAGGUGACAUUUUUGUGUUCCCCAAAGGACUUGUUCACUUCCAAUUCAAUAGGGAUGCCAACAUUCCAGCUUUGGCUCUCUCUGCCUUCGGAAGUGCAAAUGCAGGGACCGUGUCAGUUCCAAAUUCGGUCUUCAAUACGACAAUUGAUGAUCAAGCAUUGGCAUUGUCCUUCAAAACCGAUGUUGCAACCAUUCAGAAGAUCAAAUCUGGGCUAUCAGGCUAAUUGGUUCCAAGCACUAAUAUGUGUAGAGUAUUUAUUUAUUUGGAAAGCUAAUAAUUGGUUUUCCUAAUAUACUUUCAAACUCUUAAUGCUUUCAUAUUA